AUGAUAUCAGAUUUUGGAGAAUCGUACUACGAUCAUGUGUGUUUGAUUAUGCAUGAAAAAGAUGUUUUAGAUCUCGAACUGAACGGCAAAAGUCAUAUGACUAAUUUGCGGAAGUGGUGGUAUGAUUGGUUUUUACUUUCAUAUACAGAUGAAAGAGCUCAAUCUUUUUACACGAGCACCCAUGCACUAAGGAUGGAGAGAGCGAAACAAUUUUAUAUAUACAAAAAUUCUAUACAUCCUUUAAGCAAAUUCAGAAAGUUUUGGGAUUAUUUUAUUGUCCUGAUUGUGCUAGUAAAUAUGUUGAUAUUUUAUCACAGUACAUCAAUAACUUAUGGUAACUGGGAGUGGCAGACGUAUAUCUUUAAUGUUGGUUUGGACUUUAUUCUGUUUUUCGAUAUCUAUAUUAAUAUGAGAACCGGUUACAUUCACGAUGAUUCCAAGAGGAUAAUCUUAAAUAGCAGAAAAGCGUUGAUCUACUAUUCUUCGACUAAGUUGUUCGCGCACGCUCUCGGCUCAAUCCCGCUACAGGGACUUAUGUUUCUGCGAUAUGGACCAAACAUCAACUGUGAUAUCUGUAAGGCCAAUAAAUUUGUUGUGGUCUUAGAACUCUUAUGUAUAUUUCGUUUUUAUAGACUAUAUGAUGCGACUAGCCGUUGGGGCAUGGAUAAGAGAUGUAUCAAAACAUGUUGUUGCUUGAAAUUUUUACGCAUAUCCAUCUUAGGUUCUAUGAGCAUGGUGAUUUAUAUGCACUUAUCUGAUAUUAUAGCUGUGCUGACUGUGAUAUUAACGGGUGAAUUGGACAGUCGUUCGUAUUACGCGUCCGUUUUAGAUUUAAAGUAUGGGUCAGACACUCCACCACCGAAUAGCGUAUUCUAUUGCUUAGAAUUUGCGAGGAUUUGUAAGUCUUUUCUAUUAUUUAGCUUCAGCCUCAUCCCGCGUGCUUAUUUUCCUGAUAAAAUGACAGCACUUGUUGCGUAUUUGAUCGCGAUGAUCUUUUACAUGUGGAGCAUUGUGGAAUGUUAUAUCUUCCUGAGUUUCAUCAAGUUCUCCCAAGAGCAAAUGGUCACUUGUGUCGAUAGAACUAUGACGUUGGUUCGUUGGCGGAAAUUAUCGGAUGGCUUUAGUAAGAAACUAACAAGAUACUUUAGUUUCAAUAUGACGAAACUAACGGUCACUGAGCAACAAAAUGGCUUAUACAAGAGCCUGCCGAAAAGUUUGAAGAGGGACAUCGCGAUUAGUUGUUACAGUCGAAUGGUAUUGAGAAUUCCAUAUUUUGCUGAAUGGCCUACUGAAGUGAUCGAGGAAAUCGUGAUGGUGCUUAAAGAAGAAAUAUACUUGGAGGGUGAUGUGGUCGCAGAAGCUUCUGUACCGAGCGAUGGCCUUAUUAUAGUUGUUGUGGGUGUUCUAGCAAUAUACUCGAUCAGGAAUGAGGAGAUGGGACACCUGAUCGAUGGGGAUUACUUCUGCGAGCUGUGUCUGGUUACAGAUAGGGAAAUUCGUAUGUCAUCUGUAGUGGCUAUUACUCCUUGCAAGUUGUUGUUCUUGGAGAAAAUAACAUUCCGAAAGCUGAUGAGACAGUAUCCAGAUCUGUUUUAUGACCUAAAAAAAGCAUUGAACGCAAAGUAUAGCUCACAGCGUCGCGCCACUGUUGAUCCCAUGCCCAUUAAAUAUAUUUAA